AAGUCUACCUCUCUCUCUCUCUCUCUCUCUCUCUCUCCCGACUCUCCCCUACCACGCAGAGAGCCUCUCUCUCUCUCUCUUCGUCUCUCUCUGUCUCUUCAAAUUUUCAGUUUGAUGCUAGCAGGCGGGCGUCCCACUCUCUUCAAUUCAAGGCUCCGACAGAGACAGAGAACCUCCCUCUUCGAUUGGAGGCCAUCAAUGACAGCCUAAACAGGGGACCCUUCUUCUCCGAUUCUGUCUCCGUCUCUCUUUUCCCUUCAAUCUUUGGGGGGUAUUAAAGAAAGGGCGGGCUGUCUAUCUCUCCCCGCAUGGACUUGAGAGUCCGAAUCCGAUCGAGACGGUCUUCUGAGAAGGAGGAUCAAUCUCCCUUCCCCCACUCAACUACUGCCGCCGUCGCCGCCACCACCGGCGGCCAGGGAAGAGGAGACGAAGAGGAAGAAGAACGGGAGGGAGAAGAGGAGAUGGACGAGGAACAGCCGCUCAGCCCCGCCGCCCGCCUCUUCGUCCAGCGCAACUUCGACUGCCACGUCAUCGCCAUCCUCGGCCUCGGCCGCCCCAUCGACGUCGCCACCUCCAUCUCCGCCCUCGGACUCACCCUCGGCAAGCACCCCCGCUUCUGCAGCAUCAUGGACGAGAGCGGAUCGGGUGCGCCUAAGUGGAUCCGGACCAAGGUAUGCAUCCCUGACCAUAUCGUGAUGCCGCCGUUGGAGGAGGGGAAGGAGCUGCCGCCGGACUUCGUGGAGGCGUACGUCGGAAAAAUCACCGGAAUACCGCUCGACAAGUCGAAGCCGCUGUGGGAACUGCACCUUCUCAAUGGGAAAACCCAGGAUGCGGAGGCCACGGCGGUUUUGAAGGUCCACCAUUCGCUGGGCGACGGCAUCUCGCUCUUGUCGUUGCUGCUCGCCUGCACCAGGAAGGUCUCGGAUCCCGAGUCUCUCCCCACGAUACCGCGACCGAGACGCCGAGGGUCGGAGCGGAAGCAGGGUCUUCUCUCGUUCCUGGCGGGUCUGUGGCUCCUCCUGCAGGUGAUGUGGUACAGCUUCAUAGACUGCUUUCUACUGAUGGCAACAGCUCUGUUCUAUAAGGACACCAACAAUCCCAUCAAGGGCUCAAAGGGUAUGCAGAGCAGGCCAAAGCUCAUAGUCCACUCGACCCUCAGCUUGGAUGAUAUCAAGCUGGUUAAACAUGCCGUCUCUGGGACCGUUAACGACGUCAUGCUUGGACUUGCUACGGCAGGACUCGUUCGGUACAUGAACAGGAGAUAUGCAAAGACGAACGGCGUGGAUGACGAAAGACCAAGCAUCCCUUCCAACAUUCGGGUCCGGACAACCCUUCUCUUCAAUACCAGAGAAACACCAGGGCUCCAUGAACUGGCUGAGAUGAUGAAGGGGAACGGGAAUGUGAAGUGGGGAAAUAAAUUGGGAUACAUGAUUAUCCCCAUCCCAAUGAAGAUGCAUAAGGAUCCUAUGGAUUACGUUCGAGAAGCCAAAGCCAUUGCCGACAGGAAAAAAAUGUCCCUUGAAGCAUACUUCUCCUAUUAUGGUGGUCUUCUGAUAGCCAAACUCUUCGGGUUCAAGUUAGCAACUGCAAUGUGCCACAAUAUACUUGCCAAUACAACAUUCUCCUUCUCAACUGUUAUUGGUCCAACGGAGGAGGUUGAGUUCUUUGGCAAUCCAAUUGUCUAUAUUGCUCCCACCGUGUAUGGGCAUCCUCAUGCAUUGACAAUUCACUUCCAAAGCUAUGUGAACAAGGUGAAGUUGGUUAUUUCAGUAGAUGAAGAAAGUGUUCCCGAUCCUCGCCAACUGUGCAUUGAUAUCGAAGAAUGCCUCGCAAAGAUCAAGAAUUCUCUCAACAAGAAGAUAGGAGAUAAGAUAGAGAUAUUGAGUACCCAAAAGUAAAUUCAAACGGAAGGCUAGAAUGCUGGCGAAGCCACCGCCAAUUCAACAGUCUCCGCUCUCCCUUGGCUUUGAAAUCUCACCCAACACCCCGCCUCAGCUACUAAGAUGAGGAAGCAGGAAGGCACGAAGCUGUGUAUCUAAAAUUCUCCUGCAGUGGCAUAUGUAUUCAUGACCCCUUACAGAAAAAAAUGCAUAUUAUGAAGUUGGUAUGUAAUAAUGAGGAAGAGAAUCUAUAAAUCUCAUAGACCACCAAGGGAGAGCCAGGUUAUAUCUUGCCUUGGGUACUGACGAAGUUGCUUUUGUCUUUGUCAGGGAGCAGAAAUUGAUUGUGCAUUUGCCAAUUAAAAAUCUAUUUUAGGAAGUGUUUGCAAAUGA